CCCAGGGAGCCCUGUCCCCCUCCGUGGUGGGAUGGGCCACAGCCAGGUCCCCCUCCUGGUCCUGAGGACACCUGGGAUGAGCCCCCCUGGGAUGAGCCACCCUGGGAUGAGCCACCCUGGGAUGAGCCACCCUGGGAGCACCAGCACAGGAGACACCGGCACAGGAGGCACCCGCCCAGGGGCUCCAGACCCUUCCCUGGCUCCGGUGACGCCCCGUGGAAGGAGGAGGAGAGAUGGGGACCCCACUACUGCCCCCCGCCACCCCCCUGGGGUGACAGAGAAGAAUUCCAAGGGCCUGAGGACGGCUUUGGAGACAGCUGGCACCUGGAUGUGCUCCCUGAUUCCUGGCCUGGAUUUCCUGAGGAGGAGCAGCCCCCACCCUGGCCCCCCACCGGCCCUCCACGGAACCCAGGAGCUUUCCAGGAACACCGCCCGCCCUGGAGCCACCACCCGGCUGGGAGACGCCGCCUCCGCAGGAGCCACCACCGGCAGCUGACCGUGGUCCCCCGGGCAUGGUGUCCCCCAGCCCCCCGAGGGCACAAGCAACACUCCAAGCGCUCUCCUGCCAUCUCCAACUCGAGCCAGCCAGCGGCCAGGAAGGAGCCACAGCCCCCGGAUCCUGCCCAGCCCCUGGAUCCUGCCCAGCCCCAGGGUCCUGCCCAGCCCCAGGGUCCUGCCCAGCCCCAGGAUCCUGCCCAGCCCCCGGAUCCUGCCCAGACCCCUGCUCCCCUCCAAGGUGCUGCGGAGACGCCGGAACAGCCGCAGGAUGUGCCAGUGGGGACUGGGAAUGUCCUGGAGCCCCCCAGUCCUGCUGGGAGCCCUCUGGAGAGCCCGGCUGCCGAUGCCGGUGCUGCGGAGCCGCCGGUUGAGCUGGAAGCUGGGCAGACCCCUGUGGGCAGCCAGGACCAUGAUCCCUGUGCUUUGGGGACAGAUCCAACCCCUCCAGAGGAGACCUCCAGCUAUCCCCAGAUCCAGGAGCACCUUGAGGUAGAGCCGUGCAGUCCCGGUGUCCCCAAGGCUGGCACCGCUCAUGGGUCACAUCCCCAGAGCCCAGCAGCCCCUCCACACCCUGCCAGGAGGGAACUCCUGGAAUCCAGCUCCUCUGGAGAGGCAGGGGCUGAGCUCAGCCCACAUUCCUGGGAGCAGCCGCCGCGUGGAGCUGGAGAAGCCGAGGCAGAAGCUGCCCAGGAUGGGCCUCUGCAGAGCCUUCAGCUGCCCAAAAACCCUCAGGUCCCUCCAGCAUCUGCAGCAGAACCCGAGGCCCAGCCCAGCCAGGCUUCUCCUGGUGCCUGCACCACACCAGAGACCUCUGCAGGGCCCCAGCACCCGCCUGGGUCCGGUGAGACAAACCCGGCUGUGUCUGGCCAGCAGCAGCACUGCUCCACGCUCCCCACACCAUUCCCGGCCGGCGUCGACUUACGCUCUGCCACCGUCCUCGCCAAGAAGGCAGAGAUCGAGCAGUCGUACCAGCAGUUCAGCCUGACCAUCGCCGUGGUGGCCAUGAUGCUGUUGCAGAAGGAGCCCUCGAUGGAGGCGGCGCUGGGGCUGGCGCUCAGGGCCAACCUCCGCCAGUGCCGCCUCUACCACCUGCAGCAGCUGGAGGAGUUCAUCGACACCAUCGACUCGGCCACCGCCAGCCUCUGAUGGCAGCCACCCCCUCCUGCCAGCUGGGUGAGGGUGAUGGGGGCUGUGACAGGGCUGUGACAGCGCUUUGGGGUGCUCAGGAGGGUGCUGAGCCUGCGGGGCAAGCUGGGAGAUGUUGGCAGCCCCACUCGACCUCUUGGAAGAGGGAGGGCAAGCAGGAUAUGUUUGGUUUUAGCCCUGCCCAGACUUCUGAGGGCAGCAAAAGUUUUACUGGGGGGUGAUGGGAGGGAGAGCAGCAGUGCCUCUCCUCCAUUCCUGCUUGCCAGGGAUGUGUCCCCAAACCCCAGUGAGUGUUUUUGGGUUUAAAUCUAAAAUUAAACCGUGUUUUCUUUGCAGCCCUUGCUCUGCCAUUGUUCUGUUCCCGCUCUCCUGGGGCUGUAGGGGAGGGGUCCCACAGCGAACCCCGGCUGUGGCAGAGGGCAGAGACCACCCCUGGGGACCUCCCUGCCCCGGUGACAUUG